GUUUUGUUGUGGUCAGAAUAGGGAAACCUUCCGUUUUGUUAUAUUCGGGCUUCUUGGUGACUGGUUAUCAAACAUCCCCUCGCUAGGUUUUUUUUUGGCGCAAGAUCAACUCAUUGGAGUCGAGACGAACUUUCGCAAAAGCCGCCCGAUCCAGGGGACGAGAACCGGAAAAUUGCGGAGUCACGGGACAGUCGGCAAAAUCGGUUUUCGACCUGUGGACGGCAUGGACGACGCGGGCUAGCCCCAGCCCCCAGUUUCCGCGCCGAUUCGACCCGAGUUUCAACGCGGCUGGCCGGCACCGGGAGGGGCUUAGUGUUAGUGGCGGCGAUUCCGGCCGGAGCUCGAUAUGCCGCCCCCGAAGAAGGUCCAUCUGGACAGAGCCGCCUGGUCCUGGGCAGAGACGACCGAGGUGUCCGACGUCACCGAAGACCACAUCAAGUCCGCCUACAGGGUCACCGUCCAGCCGUGUAAAAUCGGAUCCUGCAGGAGGAACUGCAGGGGAAAUCCUUUUUGCCUGUCUGGCCUGGGGGAGUCAAAAUGGUUUGGCGAGCAGAAAGAAUCAAGUGAAGAUGAUGAUGUUGAUAUAGAACUGCGUGAAACGGACUCCUUUGUCGGCCUAAAGAAUCUCGGUGCUACAUGUUAUGUUAACAGUCUAUUGCAACUUUGGUUUCAUAAUUUAGCUUUUAGAAAUGGUAUUCUUCUCUGGGAUCCGAAAGAAGAUCCUUUGGAAGCUUUAGACACAAAAAUUGAAAAUGAUCAUGUACAGGAUGUGGUUGAGCCCAGGACAGCUGUGGGCCAUUUACAACUUCUCUUUGCCCUAAUGCAGUUCAGUAGGCAGAAAUCAAUCGAUCCUUCUGGAUUCAUUAGGUCUCUCAACCUAGAGCCUUCAAUGCAACAAGAUGCUCAAGAAUUUUCUAAAUUAUUUAUUUCACUGUUGGAAGACAACUUGGGACAACAGUCUAACCCUUUAGUACAAAAUCUUAUUGUUAACAAUUUUAGAGGAGAAUACUCUUAUAUUACAAGGUGUUCUAAUUGCAUGAAAGAAUCAGUGAGCCCCUCAAUGUUUUAUGAACUAGAGUUAAAUGUAAAAGGGAAUAAAACCCUUCAUGAAAGCCUUCAAGAAUUUCUCAAGGAAGAGUACCUCGAUGGGACGAAUAUGUACAGCUGUCGGUAUUGCCAGGAUAAACAAGAGGCUUCCCGAUUUAUUCGGCUCGACAAGCUACCUCCAGUACUGAACCUUCAACUCAUGAGGUUUAUCUAUGACAGACAAAAAGGGCAUAAAAAGAAGCUGAAUACCUGCAUUCAGUUUCCAGAUUCUUUAGACAUGAGUCCUUACCUUAACCCACCAGAUAAAGAAAAAGUGCCUGUUUUAUAUAAUCUUUCUGCUGUGUUAAUUCACAAAGGCCCUAGUGCUUAUUCUGGGCAUUAUAUAGCUCACAUAUGCGAUCAGACAUCUGGUACAUGGUAUAAGUUCAAUGAUGAACAUGUCGAGAAAAUGGAAGGAAAAAAGUUGAAAUUGGGUGCAAAUGAUGAUGAUGAAGAAGGCAGUAAAAAGGUGAAACAACCACGAUUGGCGAAAGGCCUUCUUGCUUCAAGCAAUGCUUACAUGCUUGUUUACACAGCGGCCGGAUGUCAAGAAGCAAAUAAAAUUAUAACCGAGGCCAAUUUACAAAGCCAUUUAAGAAAACAGAUUGAAGUGUGUAAUAGAUAUUUCGAACAACUCAUCCUGGAUGCUAAAGAAAGAAAGAAAAUGGAAAGGUGUGGGACCAAGGCACUCAGGGGUGAAAUUGUGUCACUACUCUAUUCGCUUCCGGUGGAACAGACGACUGACUUUGAAAAGUGGGAGAUAAUCCCGUCUUCUUGGUUGGUCCAAUGGCUUGGAAACGUCACCGCUCCUGUCCAGCCCAUUGACAACACUAAAAUAGUGUGCAGCCACAACAAAUUAAAUCCAAACUGUGUUACUAGUGCUAAAUAUAUCAACAGAGAAACAGGAAACAUUUUGUUCGAGAAAUAUUCUGGUGGCCCUAGGCUUAUAGCAGUGGACUCUCUCUGCAAAGACUGUGUGCUGACUAAAUGUAAGGGCAUUAGAUUUAGGUAUAAGAUCGCCGAGGACGCCAAAGAGAUCACAAGCCUUCUCAAACAAAAGGAAGAAUUGUAUACUCAAGGAUUUUGGGUUGGAAAGCGAUCUUUGAAAUCAUGGAGGAGAAAAGCAGUCCAGAUCUUCACGUCUGACCGAGAAGAACAAACAGAAAAGUUAUACAAUGAAAAUGAACAUUGCCUGAGCCCUUCAAAUUUUGAUGUAGACAUGAUUGUGAAUAGUGAUACUAAAGCAACAGUAGAUUCGCCUGUCGUGCGGUCAGUAAACACAUGUGACCAUAACGAGUUAUGUUCUUGUUGUGAAAAUUCAAGAGAAUCUCAAGAUCAACACUCAUCAGUUUCACAUUGUGAUGAAAAUGAUUCUAUCACAGUUCUACUUUCGAUAGAAAACAUUGUUUCAAAUGUAAAAUCAAAGUGGUGGAAUGAGUUGAUUACAGGGACAGUAUCACAAGAAUUUUUAUCAGAUUUGAAGUCUUUGUAUUCAGAAUGGAUUUAUUUUGGUGAACAGUUAAACAACAUAUAUGAGAAAAAUGUGAAAUUUUUUAGGAAGGAAACAAAUAAUGGAAAUUCAAAUGUAAAUUUAUGUGAAAAUUACAAACAUUCCAACGGUACUGUAAAAGGAGCGAAAAGGAAACGUGAUGAUGCUGAUAUGAAAGAAGAUGGUGAGAGUGGGGAUGAAGAAAAACAAAUGAAGGCUGAUGAACAAGAUGACUUCAACGAGGAAUUCAAUGAAGAUAUAAUUUGUGUUCAUGAUAAGUUGGUGCAUGAAACCAACAGUAGACGGUUAAUACCACAAGCUGCCUGGGAAAAAUUCAAAGUCUAUUUCCCCUCUGCCAGGGAGUUUCAAAAAGAUGCCGAAAUUUGUAGCCAGUGCCAAAGCUUAGCUUCCGAGGGCCAAGCGAUCAAGGAUUUGUACAAACAGCAAGCGCUUAGCCAGAAAGAACUUCUCCCUGGUCUUCUUUUUAGGAGAAAUCGGCCGAAACUCUCUGCAGGGACUUUUCAUGUUGUGUCCGUCUCUGAAUUUUUAAAGCCUUGGAGGAGAUUCGUAAGAGAUGCUGGCCGGAUGGAGCCGCUGUAUAGCAUUCGAAACAAAACCCUCCUCUGCAAACAUAAUCUGCUACUGUUUGAUCGUGAAUCUGAGAAUGAUGUGUCGAACCUGGCAGCCCUGACUGACGACGAAUGGACCUCGCUGUCGGGCUUAUACGAGAUCGACCAAGCGAUUACAGUCACCUACGAAGCGGAGGGGGUGAUCACUGCAACAUCACCGUCCGUCUGCGAAGAGUGCCUCAACGAUAAGAAGGAGCAUGAGCAGAAGGCUCUAUUGCAAUACGACAAUCAAACGAUUUACAUUCGUCCCAUCAACCACAAAGUCGACAGCGAUGAUGGAACGGAUCACAGUUUGGCCGGGCAAGAUAAUAAAGCGAAAGGACCACGUCAAAACGGGGCCAGCGAACUUACCGAGACGUCCAUUCGAAGGUCGACGAGACACCGCAAAGUCCGGGGUGAGAGGCAGGUGACCAUCUCGUCCAGUGACACACUGAGGGACUUGAAACUCAAAAUUCUGCAUUCCUUGGGCGUGGCACCUUUUGACCAACACCUUUCUACUGAAAACGGCCGCGACCUCACAGAUUCUGCGGCAACUUUAUCAUCGCUGGGUAUAUUUCCAAGGAGCAUUCUAUUCCUUAAGGUCGACGAACCUCCCGAAGACAGCGUCACUCCCGUGGACGACUACAUAAAAACUUCAGAGCCGGAGGAAGGUUUUAAAGGUACCGUGCUGCUCAAGCGCUAAAGGAAACUUCUAACCGUGGUACCAAUUGUUUGCCAUCGGUUAAUAAACGACUGUUCUGAUAUUAUUUAUUUUCUAAAGUUCUAUUCCGAUGAGGGGGUCAUUUUAAUUAUAACAUUUUGCUAAUUGGUGAUGUU